UUAUAUUUAAAUUUAUUUUUACUUUUAGAAAAGGUUAACAGCGCGCGUAACGCAAAUUCAAAAAAAAACAACUAGUCGAGCAUAUGCGGCAAAACCGUACGCUGGCUUGUGGGCAGUUCUCUGGCCCGGAUAGCUCCAAGAGAAAUAAGGAAAAGUGGGAAGAAGUUGCUGUGGAUUUAAAUGCUGUCGGGGGAGCCAAUAAAAGUGCUGAGCAGUGGAAAAGAUGUUGGAUUGAUUGGAAGGCGUCCAUAAAGCAAAAGUUUUCCGCAAUCAAAAGGUUUCAAAACCAGACGGGAAACCUUCCAAGCUGUUCAGGACCAAAGCCAUUAGAUAGUUUGGAAGAAGAAGUGGUUAACUUCAUUUUGGUAUCGGAUGUUGUUGAUGGUGAUGGCAAAACUGUGGAGGGGGGAUUCGAUAUACCUCUUCCGGCGCUCGACGAUGACAUUAUAUGUAUGGAAGAGGAGUACCUGAAUCAGGAUGUCAUUGAGGUAUCUGUCAGCAAGACCACCUGCUCCAAAAACAAAAGCCCGAUAAACACGCCACGGCGGAAAAUAGCUAAAAAUUCGCAGCAGAGCAAGGAACCACUGUAUUCGGAGCUAGAGAAGGCAAAAAAAGAACUUGAAGCUCGCCUUUCCAGUCAGGAGAGGUACAUGAAUGAGGUGAAAGAAGAGCUGAAACAGAUAAAAGGGGAACAACGGCGGACGAAUGAACUGCUGGAAAAAAUUGUAAAAGCUCUUAACAAAUAAAAAUUCCAAAAAUAUAUAUAUUUAAACUUGUUUAUUGUUUAGUACACACAUUAAACAGACGGACAACUAUUCAAUAGAUACAAAGUAAAGAACACAAUAUUAAAACCUUGCGACAGUAAGUUUUACACAAAGAAAGCAAUACACUCGCGAAACUAAAAAACAAAUGUAGCAAAACUGCAUUUUUAGUUUUUCUAAUUUGAAAAAUAAUUUCUGAUGAUCAUUUGCCGGGUUCUACGACCUUCGGCUAAAAUAUUAUUAGACAAGUUAAGAUUAUUGUCUUCUUCAAGUAUAUUUCGUUCGGUAAUAUCAACAUCUGGCAUUGCAAUAUUGUAUUUCUUUCGAAAGUUAUGCAAUGUACAACAAGCAUUGAUUAUAUAACCAGCAAAUGAUGGCGUAACCAUAAGUCUUGGGAUAAGCAAGCAAAUACUUUUUUCAGCACGCCGUUUAGUCGUUCAAUGCAAUUUCUAGCACGAAUAUGGGUUUCGUUGUAUUUCAUUUCAGCUGUGCAUUGCGGAUUUCCAAUCGGCGUCAUAAGCCAUGGCUGCAGGGGAUACCCCGAAUCGCCAAGUAGCCAUAUAUUUGAUAUUCCACUUCUAUGUUUAUCUUCUAAGAAAGCUUAUGCGUGACUGCUACUCCAUAUGAAAGCAUCAUGAGUGCUGCCUCCAAAACGACCAUAGCAAGCAAGAAUCGUUAAAUCAUAGUCACAUAUAAGCUGUACAUUCUUUGAAAAAAAACCUUUACGAUUACGAUAACAGUGCUCCACAUCUGUAUUUGGUUUCUUAAUUUUGACAUGCGUGCAGU